CCACGCGUAUUUGCUGUCGUGAGAAGCUUCGUCUACUUCGAAUCAGCAAGCACAAAGAUGAACUGUCUUGGAUGAAAAAUGUCUUGGAUUAACGAUAAAAAAGACGAUUUUUCCGUGGAAGCUUCCUGCUUAUUAUAAUCACAAUGGAGAAUGAAGACAAAUAUAACAGCAUAGAGUAUCACAUUCAGCACGAGCUAACUAGUAGCGAUAAAGAAUAUGCAGCGACACAUUUGAACGAAACCGAUGAGACUAGAGAGACCACUAUUGCCGAGAUUAAACGCUGGAUUGACGACGAAAUGCACGUACAAAUUGAUGAUUUUCUUAUCUUGCGAUUCUUGAGAGUCUGCAAAUUCAAUCUAGAGAAAACUAAAACCAGGAUGCGAAAUUAUUAUAAGCUGCGAUCUGACUUACCCGAAUGGUUUACAAAUACAGAUCCGUUUCAACCGGAAUUACAGGAGUUAAUUAAUAUGGGGUUGUUUUUGCCCCUGCGGAAACCAGAUAGUCAAGGCAGAUUGGUUGUCAUUAUGCGCACUACUUUACAUAAUCCCAAAAUACACAAAUUAUCAGAUAUAAUUAAGAUCAGUGUGAUGUUGACAGAGCUGGCGAUGAAGAAUUGCGCCAUAGCCACAUCAGCAUCUGUGUAUGGUUGCACAUUGAUCAAUGACUCGAUUAACCCAACUAUACAUCACUUUUUUCAAUUUGGACCUUCUAUAUUAAAGAAAAUAGCACAUGCAUGGCAAAACUGCUAUCCUAUGAGGUUACAGUUGAUAAAUGUAAUUAAUGCGCCAAUGUUUUUAGAUAUUAGUUUCAAGAUUUUUAAAUCCUUCAUGUCGGAGAAGAUGAACAAGAGACUUCACGUCUAUUCACACAUGCUGCAGAGUUGUUUUAAGGAUAUUCCCGCUAACAUCUUGCCAGUCGAGUAUGGUGGUACUGAUAGUACAAUUCAGGAAUUAACAGAAUAUUGGAAGAAAUUGAUUGAAGAGAAUCGCGAUUGGUUUAUAAGUAAUACAAAUAACUAAAUCGAAUAAUAUUUGGGAGCAAUAUCUUUAUUAUUAUAAUGUAAUUGCGCUUUGUUCGUUUUAUGUGUUCCGCGAGAAAACACAUUAUUCUUUCUUACUUAUAUUCUUUGUUACUUUGUUGUUAGAAUUCUGUCAGUUAU